UGAGAACAACCCUCAGCCACAACACACCUCCAGCUAAAACAUCGCGUCAGUCUCAAGAGGGAGAAUUUCACGCCAUGGCCUCCCUGCUCGCGGCGACUCGGAUUCCUUCGGUGUUGGGGGCAGUGGGAGGAUGUCUCAGUGCCUGUCGUACACUUUUCACACGACCUCAGUUCCCUGGUAGUGCCCCCCUCACGCCCAUACCGGCGCCCGUGUUCGGCGUGGGCGGAGGCGCUGGGAGUACCUUGCUGGCGCCCUGUCUCGGCCUCCUAGGAGCUGUAAGUGGGCGCACAAAUGUUAGAAACCACUUCCCCCGUCCCAGCGAAGUCAAGCGUGUCAAGCGACAUGGAUGGAAGACCCGCAUGUCUACUCUGUCUGGGCGAAAAGUAUUAAUGAGAAGGAUCUUGAAGGGAAGACAUGUGUAUAGCCACUGAGGUGUUGCCGUUUUCUGCUGCAUAUUGCUUGUACAUUAUUUUUUAUGAAUGUAAAUAUAUGUUGUAAUUAGAAA